GAGGACAAGGACGGUGUGCAAGGGGAGGAAGGGGAGAGAGUGAAGACAAGGACGUUGGAUCGCAAGGAGAACGUUUUAACUCUUCCCCCGCUGCUGCCCCUCCUGACUCGGGUUAACCCCCGGUGGGCCGAGGAGGCGGCGGGGCUCGCCCAGGAUUGGGGCGAGACAGGGCCGGGGGAAGGCGGAGUCCCCGCCCCCUGGCGCAGCGGGUUGCGGAGACAGAUGGGGAGCCACCUGUCAAGCGGGCUGGGGCCGUGGGGCACGGAGGGCGCGGGCCGCCUCGCUGUAAGCGCACGCUCAGAGGAGACGCCGGCCCCGACGAGAGGACGCGGAGGAGCCAUGGAGAAGCAAGCCGAGAGCUGACAGUGGAUGCUGCCGGCUGAGGCUGAGGCGCCGCGCGGUGCGGGAGGCGAACGCCCAGAAAGCUGACAGCUGGGGAAGCGGGCCGAGGCGGCGCCGCGAAGCGGCUGCCCCGCCGGCCGUGGCGGAGGGGCCAUGUCUCGGGAGAGGCCACCCCGCACCGACAUCCCCCGCAACCUCAGCUUCAUCUCGGCGCUCACCGAGCGUGCCUAUUACCGCAGCCAGCGGCCCAGCCUGGAGGAGGAGCUGCAGCCGGAGGAGGAGGAGCCGGAGCCCCGAGAGGGGGGCGGAGCGCGCCUCAGGCCUCGCUCCCGCGCCUUAGCCCCCGGGCGGGGCCGUCGGGCCCGCUCUGCCCCGGCUGGAGGGGGCGCUCGGGCCCCGCGCAGCCGCAGCCCGGACACCCGCAAGCGGGUGCGCUUCGCCGACGCCCUGGGGCUGGAACUGGCGGCCGUCCGCCGCUUCAGUCCCGGGGAGCUCCCUCGUGUGCCUCGCCACGUGCAGAUACAGCUGCAGCGCGACGCCCUCAGGCACUUCGGGCCCUGUCCACCCAGAACCCGCACCCUCCAGGAGGCGCGCGCUGCCCUCGAGCCCGCCCGCGAGCCCGGCUUCGCCGCCCGCCUGCAGGCCCAGCGCAUAUGCCUGGAACGAGCAGAGGCGGGCCCGCUGGGCGUGGCUGGGAGCGCGCGCGUGCUGGACCUGGCCUACGAGAAGCGCGUGAGCGUGCGCUGGAGCGCGGACGGUUGGCGCAGCCAGCGCGAGGCUCCCGCCACCUACGUAGGCCCGGCUCCGCCCCCGCCGCGUGCGGAUCGAUUCGCCUUCCGGUUGCCCGCCCCGCCAACCGGGGGCUCCUUGCUCUUCGCCCUGCGCUACCGCGUAACCGGCCUUGAGUUCUGGGACAACAACGGAGGCCGCGACUACGCACUGCGCGGGCUCGACUCCCCCGGCAGCGGUGGCGGCAGCGAUCCUGAACCCCAGGGCUGGAUCCACUUUAUCUGAGCGCGGAACGGGAAACCCAGGGAUCAGGAGAAAGUGCGGAAAACGGCGGGAGAAACCAAAGGAACUGAGGGUUGGGGGAAGCCACGGAUGCGGGAGUGGAAAUUGUGGGAGGUUGAUUGAUGGGAUGGGAGGAGACAAGGAGACGGUUUGCGCGCACGCGUAGGAGAAUGAGAGGAACUAAAAGUUAAGUCGUGGGGGAGGACGGGCGGAUCCAAUGGGAAUGGGGAAUAUUGAAGAAGAGACCAAUAUGGGAGUGGAAGGCGAGUAGCUAUAGGAGGAAUGAAGGGGAGAACCUAGGCAUACCCUGGGGAAACAAAAGAACCAGGGAAUAAAGAUAAUUAGUGCUGUUCUGAGCAGGGUCAGGAAGGUCAUUUAUUAAUAGCCAGAAGGAAUCUAGAGGUCAUGUAGUCAGAUCCCUUCAUUUUGCAGAUGAUGUUCUGAAGCUUUCAGAGUGAAGUCACUGGCUUGAGGACCCACCAUUUCUGUCAGUGGCAGAGCCCAAAUUUGAACAAGAGUUGCCCACAUUCAGCAUUCUUGCUACUUGUAACAAAGUAGAUCAAAGGGGAGGGAUCUGGUGAAGCCUCACUUGUUUGGGUGUGACUCUCAAGUCGAGGGAAGAGCUCCAGAAGACAAAAAAGCCCCUUUAGACUUUCAAAGGAUCCCUGCAUAACUUUCUUUGCCAAUCUCACAAGCUGGGUGCUGAGAGAACCUAAACUCUAGAAGGAAGUCAAACUCUCAGCUCUACGGAGUCAUUGCAGUUUUCUAUCUGGGAUUAUCCAGUCCUGCCCUACCUUCCAGUUCUUGCUUCCAAAAACCAUUAAUUUGGUUAGAUCAUUAGGGACACAUCUUGAAUUCCCUUUGGAGUAAUCUGGUCAGUUGUCUGCCUCCUGGAGCUUCCAACUUUGGGCAGCCCUGCUGAUCAAUUAUUUUCUUGAGGUUUCAGUUUUUUGUCUCUGGAAAUUUGAGAAGGCAGGCUGCAUCCAGUCCUCACGUCUCAAAAGAGGCUGAGACAUCCAGACCUGUACCAGUCUUGUUUUUCUGGUUUGUAAAGAUCUCAAAGUAUAUUUUAGAUAUCUCUGUUUCAGGAGGAGGCAUUGGAUGAAGAGAAAAUAAUUGUCCCCAUUUUACAGAAGAGUAAAUUAGGAAAAGGGGAUCCUCACAGUCAUAGUAAAAGGGGAGAAAAAAGUUUAAACUGGAUAAUAUUGUGUCUACCCUUUUAACUUUGGGAAUCAGUUUUUUUUAAUCUCUAAAAUGAAGUAGUUGAGUUAAAUUAUUUUAAAAUUUUACUUCUAUUUCUGAAGGAGUAAGAUACUUUGCAAGAUACUAAGAAUCCUCCAACUUAGUUUUCUGUUUUCUUCUUUUUUUUUUUUUUUUUUUUUGCUAAGGCAAUUGGGGUUAAGUUACUUGUCCAGAUUCACAUACCUAGGAAGUGUUAAAUGUCUAAGGCCAGAUUUGACAACUUACUUUUCUAACUGUAAAAAUUGAAGCUCCAGCAAUCUGGUCAAUCCUGUGGGUGGCUCUUUAUAACAUCUCCACUAGAAGUGCUAAAGAAAUAAAACCCAUCAAGAACAUGUAAAUUCCACAAUACCUCUUAGCCACCUCCAAAGAAAUUUUCUCCUGAAACAGGGUUUUCCAGUGUCAUGAUGAGAUUAUUAUUCUUGAGGAAGACACUGCCCAAAAAAGCCCAGGUAGUAAGUGACUGAAAAGGUUCUGAUUCUUUAAUAAGGGAUAAUUAGAGCAAGGGAAAAUAUUUCAUAUCUGUUAACUAACAAAACCAAAAGCAGGAAGGGGAAAUGCAGAAUGUAAACUGAUGCAUAAUCCUGGGAAAUGGAAGGAAGAACUUUACUCCAUCUUGCCCAAUCAUACUAUCUCCUGAACAAGGGCCUCUACAUUGGAGUUUUACCUUCCUGGUAUUAUUUUCUGCUUGCUUUUCUUAACUCAUUGCUCUUUUCCCUCGUUUUUAAUCCCUUUUCCUGUUUUCCUCUUCUCUCCCUGCCUCUCCUCUCUUCCUUCACCCUAUCCAUCUGUUCUCUGCUUUUCCUUCUUCCUCCAUAAGGAAUGAAGAGCUUGCUUGCUGUCCUCCCAGAAUCAGCCAUUUGCCCUCUUCUGUUCCUAGACCCCCUCUUGGAAGUCUUCCAGAGGAGAGGUGGGAAGAAGGCAAACAGCAGUUUCUUCUUGGUGACCCAGAUGAACUGUUUCCCCAGGUAAUCAGCUUUUUUCCCUCUCCACUUUCUUUGGGUUCUGAUAAUUUGGGGGAUUUAAUGAUAUAUCUUAAAAGCCUUUUGCAUUAGGAAGGAAGGAUUGUAGGUUCUGAUCAGAAUAGAAGCUGCCAUACCCCUUUUGGUAUCUCCAGCCAACUCUGUACUCCUCUGAGUAGUAGUCAAAAAGAAAUGACAUACUUGUAAAAACACAAUUCACAGCCAACCUCAUUUCACCAUACAUAAAUCAAUGGAAAACAUGUUGGAGAAAGGGAUAGAAAACAGGAGAAAGGGCAAGAUCAAUAAGCAUCAGGCACAUUUGAUGCAAUUUCAUAUAUGUUGCAUUCUAUAAGCAGAUAGACUUUGGUUCUGAUUUCCCUACAUUACUGCUCCUCCAUGUUAUCUCCAAGACAUGGCUUGAAGAGAUCAAAGGACAAAGGGAGUAAGAGAAACUAUGGGGCUGUUCCUCAUGAACCCCAGCUGCUAUCACCUCUCAAUCAGGUGGAAUAUUAGCACAUGUAUGUUACAUGAAUGAGACUUCCACAGUUUGCAAGGAAUAUUCCUAUAAAUAGUCUUAGUACUUUCCUGCCUGAUAGGGUCCAAAGCUAUGUUAACAGGAAGUGCAAGAAAAGGCUAUAUACUAGGAGACAAGUGCACUAAAGGCCCCUUUAGAAGACUUCAUAUGGCUAGGUAAGUGCAAGGCUUGAAUGAGCAUGAGAGGACCAAGAGGAGUCUUAAUCGGCUUGAGCUCCCUCCUACAAGUGCUCUCUUUAGGUCAGGUUAAAUGGGUCAUUUAGAAUUCUAAGAUUCUAAGCAAAUGUACCUGUGCCUCCUCAAAACAUCCACCCACGAUACAUGUGGUCAUGAACUGAAUUGAUGACUCAAUUUCUCAACCAAGCUAGCCUUAACAUUGCUGAGAUUGCUGUACAUUUCUAGACAGUAUGGUGUGGACCCCAAUGUUUUAAAACUCUUGAGAGGGCUUAAUGUGUAGAGGCUGCUUUGGGUUAUGCUGUUCCCAGCCUCGGCAUUAAAAUGUGAACUACCACCUUCCA